AAGCUGGGAAAGCGUUUCCGGAAGGCUGGCUACAUCCCGCAGCUGAUUUUGGACGCCUGUGGUGUGGGCGAGAGACGGCGAGAGGAGGGAGUAGCGCAAGCGGCGGGAGGCGCAGGGGUUAAUUUCUUCAGCGUGUGUCCUCAGAGGGUGAGUGCUGCUGGUGUUAGUAGCAAGGGCUGAAGAAACCUGCCAUUUCAUACAAGCUUUCCACCAAAGAACUGGGGAGAUUCAAUAUUUCGAUCUUGUACUUUGAAAACUGCUGACAGCGUCUGGUAAUGUGCUGACUGGCACUAUGGGCAGGCGAUACCCAGGGGCUCACUAUCGUCCAAGCAGCUCAUGUAUAUUUCAAAUUAUAAUCCUUUUCCUGAUCCAUUGCUGAAGCCCUGUGAUCCAUGUCAGAAGUACUUCCAGUUGACUCCAGUGUGGACGCGUUGGCUGUGUUUAUGGCAAGCAAUAGCACAACAGACGUUGUGAAUCGCAAUAAUCCUGCCACUCCCCCAAAUACUCUUAAUCUACGCUCCUCCCAUAAUGAACUAUUGAAUGCGGAAAUAAAGCAUACAGAAACAAGGAACAGCACUCCCCCGAAAUGCAGGAAAAAAUAUGCAUUAACUAACAUUCAGACAGCCAUGGGCCUAUCGGAUCCAGCAGCACAGCCCCUUCUGGGGAACAACUCUGCCAAUAUAAAGCUGGUGAAGAAUGGAGAAAAUCAGCUUAGAAAAGCAGCAGAACAGGGGCAACAGGAUCCCAAUAAAAAUCUCGCUACGACUGCAGGCAUAAACAUAACUUCUGAGAAGUUAGAAGGUAAAGAACCUACCCCUCAGGAUUCUGCAGGCUGUGAAAUAUUCUCCUCUCAACCUAGGAGGACCAAGAGCUUCCUAAAUUACUAUGCAGAUCUGGAAACAUCAGCCAGAGAACUAGAACAGAAUUUUGGGAACAGCCAUGUAGUGAUGGAGGAGAAAGCGGCACAAAGUAACAGCCAGGCUUCUACCAUGAUUGUCAAUGGGGAUGUGUUGCCUCAGAAACAAAACAAGCUGUCCAGUCCAGAAGAUGGCCAAGUAGCCACCGUGUCAUCAAGUCCUGAGACUAAGAAGGACCAUCCUAAAACCGGAGCCAAAACAGAUUGUGCAUUACAUCGGAUUCAAAAUCUGGCUCCAAGUGAUGAAGACUCCAGCUGGACGACUUUAUCGCAGGACAGUGCUUCUCCAAGUUCACCUGAUGAAACAGCAGAUAUAUGGAGCGAUCACUCAUUUCAGACCGACCCCGACUUGCCACCUGGCUGGAAAAAAAUCAAUGACAUUGCUGGGACCUAUUAUUGGCACAUACCAACAGGAACAACCCAGUGGGAACGUCCUGUCUCCAUACCAACGGAUCUUCAGAGCUCAAGGAAAGGAUCACUUAAUUCUAUUACCCCAUCUCCUACCCCAGAAACUGAGAAACAGCCAUGGAGUGAUUUUGCUGUACUGAAUGGGGGAAAGAUUAAUAGUGACAUUUGGAAGGACCUUCAUGCAGCCACAGUGAAUCCAGACCCCAGUCUAAAAGAAUUUGAGGGAGCAACAUUACGCUAUGCGUCUUUGAAGCUCAGAAAUGCUCCACAGUCUAAUGAAGAUGAUUCCUGUAGCAUCAACAGUGAUCCUGAAGCCAAGUGCUUUGCUGUGCGCUCUUUGGGCUGGGUAGAAAUGGCAGAAGAAGAUCUAGCUCCUGGAAAAAGCAGUGUUGCUGUGAACAAUUGCAUCAGACAACUGUCUUACUGUAAAAAUGAUAUCAGAGACACAGUUGGCAUAUGGGGAGAGGGAAAAGACAUGUACCUUAUACUGGAGAACGACAUGCUAAAUUUGGUUGACCCUAUGGAUCACACCAUUCUUCAUUCUCAGCCCAUUGUGAGCAUCAGAGUCUGGGGAGUGGGUCGUGACAAUGGACGAGAGAGAGACUUUGCUUAUGUAGCAAGAGACAAAGACACAAGGAUUUUGAAAUGUCACGUCUUUCGAUGUGAUACGCCUGCGAAAGCCAUCGCAACAAGUCUGCACGAAAUCUGUUCUAAGAUUAUGGCUGAACGGAAGAAUGCUAAAGCUGUGGCUUGCAGCUCCUUGCAAGAGCGGACAAAUGUCACCCUGGAUGUUCCCCUGCAAGUAGAUUUCCCAACACCAAAGACAGAGCUGGUACAGAAGUUCCACGUCCAGUACUUGGGCAUGUUACCUGUAGUUAAACCAGUGGGUAUGGAUACGCUGAACAGUGCCAUAGAAAACCUUAUGGCUUCCUCUAGUAAAGAGGAGUGGAUGCCAGUUACCAUGAAUGUUGCUGAUGCUACUGUGACGGUCAUCAAUGAAAGAAAUGAAGAACAAAUCAUGGUAGAAUGUCGUGUUCGGUUCCUGUCCUUUAUGGGAGUGGGCAAGGAUGUCCAUACAUUUGCCUUCAUUAUGGAUACAGGGAACCAGCAUUUUGAAUCCCAUGUUUUUUGGUGUGAACCAAAUGCAGGAAAUGUAUCAGAAGCUGUUCAGGCUGCGUGUAUGUUACGGUAUCAGAAGUGCUUGGUAGCCAGACCUCCUUCACAGAAAGUUCGACCGCCCCCUCCUCCUGCAGACUCGAUGACCAGAAGAGUCACAACUAAUGUCAAACGCGGAGUCUUGUCCCUUAUUGACACUUUAAAACAGAAACGCCCUGUUUCUGAGAUGCCAUAGCUGCCCAAGGGAAAGGAUUCUUGUAACACUUAAUUGAAGAAACAGUAGCUACGCUAAAGAAAAUGAACUGAUGAUGUUCAACCUUCCAUUUUAAAUUGCUGAUGCUUUGUCUUCAAAGAAUUUAUCCUUAUCAAAACAAUGUUAGACAAGCAUGUUCUCUCGUUCUUGCCAUCAUCAUGUGAUAUGAAAAGACGCAUGAAUAAUUUUUUUGCUGUCAAUGAGUUACAUCAUGAACAGUAGAAGGUCUAUUUCUGAUUGUAAAUAUUCUGAACAUUACCUAAAUUUACACCCAAAAAGAAAUAUGGCCAUGUCCCUCCUAGUGAACUAAUGUUAAAGUCCUUGGAGUGAUUGAUGCCUGAAUUAUAGUUUCACCAUCUUCUUGAGCUGGAUUUGUCACAAGCAACCCUUAAAUCCUACAGCACUUUGCCCUGUUUUCAACACUGGAGUAGGUACCAGGUAUUAGUUACCAUUAAAUUACUGUAGUAUAAAUACCAAGUUUUAUUUUUACAAAGCUGCACCUGUUAGUUUUAAAAUGCGCGUUGGCAUUGGUUUAGGAACCACUUUAUAAUUUUGCCUGACAUGCUUUUGAACCAUGGUGACCAUAUUUCAUUUACUGUUUAUAUAUUAUGAUUUUGGAGAAGAAAAGUUUUGAGUAAUUCAGAGCAGGAUGCAUCAGCUUUAGCCUUUUGCCCUAAAAUAGACAACUGCAUCGGGGGGCUGUUAAAUCUAUUCUCCAAAAUCCAACAUGGUGCAACAAAAAUAUGAUUUAUUUAACUGUGGGCUCCUACCAUCUAUGAUUAAGAGAGGGACUUAUUCAGAACUGUUAUAUAUGGCACAAACUAGAAAGCUACACAUUUUCCCUGUAUUACUCCUUGUGUGUGCAAACUUUCAAUUGAAGGCCCCAUCACCCAGUUCUUUCAUUUGGAGUUUGGUGUUGAGUUAAUAUUUACAUGAGAUGCAAAAGAACUAUCACGUUUUUGUUGGGCAGACCUAUUCUCAUUUAUACCAUGAUGAAGUUUCAUUUUACUUUAAUGCCCUUUCUGUAGCAGCUCUCAACAAAGGAAUGACACAGUUCUUCUCUGAUAUGAUGGAGCUACAUGUAGGGUAACCUGAUUUCAGUGCUUUUGCUCCAAAAGCUCCAGCUAGCUGUGUUAGUCCACUCUACUGUAAAUUCCUUGGAAACAAACUAUGCAGUAUUGCCCCUUAUAAGCGUACAUUGUGCUAACCUUUCAAUGCACUUAUAUGCUUAUCUUUUUCUUUGUUUUUUCCCCUUGCCCUCUGUCUUAUUACAACUGCAGGGUGGUACAUACAAUAGAAAUGGAACAGUGCAGAUGUUUUUACCAGUGUUAAAAAUUUUCUGCCUCCAUUUUAGACAUCUACUGGAAGGCUGAACCAUCUGGGUAUGUUGACACUGUAAUUCUAAAGGGACAUUGUCAAGAUAGAUAGGCGCAGAAUUUGACCUAGCUUUCUCUCACUAGUGGCUUUUGUUUUAAAUUAAUGGUUGCGUAUUUUCUUUUUUUUUUUUUUAAAUCGGUCGUAGUUGCUACCCAUGAGCUUACCCCAGUAACAAACAAAUCAGGCAGUGAAUGCAAGGGCCAAAGCAAUGAUGAUCAAACACUUUCAGCCUUGAGUUUGUAAAGGAAUUAUGGACAGCUCUAACAAAAAUUAAAAUGAACUUAACAUGACGGAAAUGUGACCAUACUGGCAAAUGAAGGGCUGAUGCUCUGCUGGUGUAUAAAGGUGCAGCUUCAUGGACACCAGCUGCACAGCCAGUGGCCUGAAAUCCUCUGUUGUGCCACAGUACCUAACUGGAACCUACAAUGGGGCGCUGACCUGGCUGAGGCUUCUAAGCACUACUGUAAUAUAAAGAAUAAUACAACCCACUAGCAUACACUCAGCUAAAACACUUGCCUGUGGUCCCAAUUUCAGCAAGAUAUUUAAGCAUGUGCCUAAUAUUUUAAACCCAGGUUUAAAAUUACCAAGUGCUUAAGUCCCAACACAGCAAGGUAUUUAUGUACCUCAACCCUGUUCAGAGAACCAAAGCUACAAGAAGAAACUUGCAUUUGCAUUCACAUUCACUCCUUUGUCUCUCUGGGUUCCAGUAGUGGUAAUCUCAGUGGUUUCCACUGGGAACUGUGCUAAUACCAUUUUUCCCCCCACAGUGGUUAUCAGCAGCCAUCAGAUGGUAACCCCACCUGACCUAGAGACGUAAGAUGCUGUAUUCAUUAUCACUCCCCAGACUCAGCAAAAACCUUGACAGUGUCCUUUUAAAGUUCCAGUUUGAAACUUUCCCAGGAUUCAGAUUUGCAAUGAGUUUUAAAUAGCAUAAAUACAUUCCAUAGGAGAUCCACUGCAUCUGUGUGAUGCUGCUGCCCCAUGAUGGCAGACCAGGACCUCCCUUUGUAAUUAAACAGUCAUGUUAAAAAGCUGUUGUUUUUAUUCACUACUUGGUGUGGUUCGGUUUCCUGUUGUCAGGACCAGGAGUACUUAGCUUGCUUUCAGCAGCAAAGCACAUAAAGACAGGUUUCAGAGUAGCAGCCGUGUUAGUCUGUAUCCGCAAAAAGAACAGGAGUACUUGUGGCACCUUAGAGACUAACAAAUUUAUUAGAACAUAAGCUUUCGUGGACUACAGCCCACUUCUUCGGAUGCAUAUAUAUGCAUCCGAAGAAGUGCCACAAGUACUCCUGUUCUUAAAGCACAUAAAGAGAGUCAGGGAUGCAGUUGCAGUAGGUAUUGAAAAGACAAUGGAUAGGAAUGUAUUGAAAAGUCACAGAUCAUCUGUGGAUAUUUUGUUUUUAAAAUACUUUUGCUUAUUUUACCAAAAUACUGAUUAAGACUUUGAUUCUGCAAACACUUAGGUAUGUGCUUUAUAAGCACAUUAGUCUCACUGGCUUCAACAGAAUGACUCAUGCUCUUACAGGUUCUGCACAUACCUAAGUGUUUGCAGGAUCAAGGCCUAAUUUUGUAAAACCAGUUACAUUAAAACACUAUGUUGACUUAAUUUCUGCCAUGGCCAAAAAUUAUGGCUGGUGCAUGCGUGAGAGCAAAUGCCAUUGUUUUACCUAAUGUAGUGACACUUCAGUUACCUAUGCAUUCUUUAUAUCUAGUGAUUCUGUAAGUAGGCAUAUGUUAUGCCUUGUAUGUCUCAUGUCAUUUUUGAAUUAACCUGUUAAAUACAGCUUAAAAUAUUUUUAUUUUAUUUAUUCUAUUUUUACUGAAAUAGCCUGCAUUAUGAUGUUGAUGUACUAUCUUUACUGGACAUGAUCUCACAACAUAUCCAGUGCUAAGUAAUCUCCGUGUACUAUAGGUUGCCUAAAAAGGUGGGUUUUAUAAUUAUUUGUAGUCACAUUUUUAUUGGCAUAUGUAGAAGAAAUGGCAAAACAAUGUGUAAAGCUAAUUUCUCUUAUUUUAUAAAUGCAAAUGGUAAGUUAGAGGCAGAUAUCACAGGCCACCUCAUUAAUAUGCUCCCUUGCAGAAGCAAGGAGAUUUAUAGCCACAGCCAAUGUCUAUAGUUUAAAGCCUUUCCUUUGAGUUGCUGCAGUUUUUAGUUUUUAUUUAAACCACUUAUGAUUUCAUUUGGGGGAGGGGGGGAAAGGUGGUGUCAGGAUAUAAGAACCACCUACAGAUUGCAUGAAAGGAAAUUGAUCCCACUUACAUUAUAAUGAGUUCUUAGUGAUAAACUUUGUGUAAAGAGCUACCUGUACCUCUUCCACAAAAAAAAAAAAAAAAGUCCUUCCUUAGAUUUGCAGGCUAUAAAGCUAUGGAA